AUGUUCUCCCUCUUCGGCCUCCUCGGCCUCACGGCCAUCACAACCGCAACACCCACCGCCCAGUCUCACUCUCCCUCUCACGACUGCACCAGCCUCCCACACCCCCACCUUCCGGGUGCUGAGAUCCUUUCGGUCACCGGCACCGAACUCAUCAACUUCACCGUCCCAGCCGUCCCACCCCUCCUCAACGAAAACAUCACCGACAUCAACGUCUGCGCCGUAACCGUCACGUUAACCCACAUCGACACCACCCAUACUGAUACUCAACCCAACGACACAGUCACCAUCCAAAUCUGGCUCCCCCUCAAGUCCCACUCCCAAUGGAGCAGCCGCUUCAUCGGCGUAGGCGGCAGCGCCUGGGCAGCCGGCAUCCCCCCGCUCACCAUCGCACCCUACGCCGCGCACCGCGGUUUCGCCGCAGCCGCCACCGACGCCGGCUUAACCCCCGGACCGGACGGCGAUAUCCUCGACCCCAGUCCCUGGGCUUUAAACAGUGAGGGUAGUAUCAACGAGGUGUUGCUGGAGAAUUUCGCCAGUCGGUCGGUGCAUGACUUGGCUGUGGUUGGAAAGGCGGUUACAGAGGCGUAUUAUGGUCGGCCUGCGGAAUAUGCGUACUGGGAGGGUUGUUCAACAGGGGGUAGACAGGGCCUGGUAACGGCGCAGAGGUAUCCGGGUGACUUUGAUGGGAUUGUAGCGGGUGCGCCGGCGGGGUAUUGGACGUGGUAUGUGAUGGCGGAGUUGUGGCCGCAGGUGGUUAUGAAUGAGGAGGGGUAUUACCCGAAUAAGUGUGAGUGGGAUGCGGUGAGGGGGGAUGUGGUGGAGGUUUGUGAUGGGUUGGAUGGGGUGGUGGAUGGGGUGGUGGGGGAUUUGGGGGCGUGUGAAAAGGUGUAUCGGCCGGAGAGGACGUUGCCGGGGAAGAGGGUGGUUUGUGAGGAGGAUGGGACGGAGGUGGUGUUGUCGGAGAGGUUGGCUCGGAUGGCGGAGAGCAUCUGGAAGGGGCCGAAGACGGAGUCGGGUUCGCCGUUGUGGUAUGGUCUUACGCUUGGUGCACCGCUCGAUUCGCUCGCUGGCACGGUGGCUGUGAAUGAGUCGUCCACCGACCGCAUCGGCGCACCGUUCCCCGUGGCCCGGGAUUGGACUCGGUUCUGGGUCACGCAAAACCCGUCGUUUGACUUUUCUACUCUUGACAGCGCCGGUCUGCGGGAUCUGUUUGCGCAGUCGGUCGCCAAGUUCGAAGCUGUCAUUGACUCAUCCGAGCCGGACCUCUCCCGCUUUCAUCAAGCUGGUGGGAAAUUGCUCGUCUGGCAUGGUGAAGCGGAUCACAUAAUCUUCCCGCAGGACUCGAUCCGAUAUCACCAGGAGGUGCAGAAGGCGGCUGGCAGUAAGAAGUCGGUGGAUGAGUUCUUCCGACUGUUUGUUGCGCCUGGAGUUGACCAUUGCGCGCUGGGGUCGAUUGACGGUGCCGGACCGACAGAUGCGUUGGCAGCGGUCAUCGACUGGGUUGAGAAGGACAAAGCUCCUAGGGAGUUACCUGCGGCCACGCUGGCGACGGCGAAGAAUCAGUUCACGAGGAAGCUGUGUGCCUACCCGUUGGUGGCUAGGUAUGAUGGCAAGGGAGAUCCGGCCAAGGCUGAGAGCUACAAUUGUGUUGCGCAGUCGACUUGUGCUCAGGUGGAGUGGGCGGCCGAGUAA